UGGUAAGCUACCUAAACAUAUGUUGUUUCCCACCCAAAGAAAAUACCAUUUUUCAUUUGUUAGGAGCAUCAUUAUUGACAUCACUAAAGUUGGCUCAAAAAAUAAAAAUAAAAAUAAAAAUAAAAGUGUGCAUGGCGAUUGGGCUUGUGCUUUCUGAAAAGUAUGUGCACAAAUCCAUGUAUACGAAAUUAUAAGAUUUCUUGCCCCUCUCUCUUUUGUUGUGUGCCUUUUUUUCUCUCUAUAAAUUGAUACCACUUCGCAUUUGGGUUCAAUCGCAAUUAGACAUUUGAAAGUGAAGGCAAAGUUCAUUAUUAUAAACAACAACAUCAUCAACCAUCAUGAUGAAGGCAUUCUUGCAAUGCGUCAAGGUUGCCAUUGAGAAUAACAAGCCAUUUCUAGUAAUGGUUGUUAUUCAAUUGAUCUACACUGGCCAAUCUCUCUUCUCCAAAGCCGCAGUUACUCAGGGGAUGAAACCUCCCAUUUUUGUGGCUUAUAGACAAGCAAUGGCCACCUUUGUCUUGGCUCCCUUUGCCUUUCUUUUAGAAAGCAAGAAGGCUACUCAUCCGAUACCAUUUAGAAUCCUUUGCAAGAUCUUUUUCGUUUCUUUAGUUGGGGUCACGGCAACUCUAAAUCUUUACCUCUAUGCGAUGAAUUACAUUUCAGCUACAUUUGCUACAGCCAUGGCUAACACUAUUCCAGUCAUUGUCUUCAUCUUGGCUGUCUCUCUAAGGCUUGAAACCCUAAAUAUAACACAAUGGAACGGAAUAGCCAAAGUUACCGGUACAGUUAUCGGUCUUUCGGGCGCCAUGGUGAUGACCUUCUAUAAAGGUCCUCCUAUGUAUGCUGAUCGUGGCCAUGAACUCUCUAGUCAUCCUGGAAGAGCUUACACUAGAGAAGAAUGGAUCAAAGGUGCAAUUCUUUUGCUUGGAUCAAGUUUAUCUUGGUCUUGCUGGCUCAUCAUGCAGGCUCCAAUUCUUAAGGAAUAUCCGGCGAAACUCCGGUUCACGACAAUCCAGUGUUGUUUCAGCUGCAUAAUAUCGGCGGUUUACGGCGCGGCGGUGGAGAGGGACAUAUCAGCAUGGAAGCUGGGAUGGGAUGUCAAUCUUCUUUCAGUUGUUUAUUGUGUAAGUUUUUUAUGGCUUUUGUUUCUUUCAAUAUUAUUUUGGAAAAAAAAAAGAAAAACAAAGAAAAGAAAGAUUGGAUUGGUUCUGGAGUAUAUGCCAUUUUUUAAUUGCUUUACUUUAGACAAAAACUUUUUAAUUAUGGUGGGGAUCUUGUCAUGGUUCCUCGUUAAGGUAUCUAAUUUCCACUAAAAUCCAGGGUUCACAAUCAAGUAUAAAUUAUUACUUUGUGUCUAAUUUUUAGUCUAAUUAGGCAAAGAAAAGAACUGAAAAGCUUCUUCGUGUCCACAGGUGAUCAAUUUAACAUGGUAUAUGUAAAAAGUGAUUCAUGCAUUAAACAACUACUAAUUAACUUUUUUUUUGUGGGUUCAUUCUCAUCAUAUUUAAUUAUGAUCCUGUAGCAAAGUUGAAACAAUCCAAUUUUUGAUUGCAAAAAAAAAAAAAAAACAUAUUGCUAAUUCUCACUUUUCUUCACUUUCAGCAUCAGUAGAGACUCUCACUUAGUUGUAGUACAUUCUUCUCAUUACAUAUAGGCUUUAUUUUGAAACCUAAUUAAAAUAGUUCAGGGAAUCAGAUUAUGUUCUGGAACAAAUCCAGUAGUAAAUUCGGUUGGGUAAGACAAAAUUUUAAUAGUUAAUAAGGGAAAAGAGAAGUAAAUAAUCAUAUAUAUGCUAAUCUUUGUCAUCCCAAUUGUGCCUAAAUGUUUAGAUAAUAUAUGUAAUGUUGUGUGGAGAGCACCAAAAAGAAUAAAGCGGCUUGCUACCAUCAAAAUCAUCAUCUUAUCGUCCUUAUCAUAAGUUUAUGUUCCUGAUUUCUUCUGUUGUUUUAUCUCCUUAUCUACUUGUCUAAGUAAAAUUAAUAUUACCAGAUCACUGUACUUCAUUAAGCUCAAUUUAUAAUAUACCAAAAUAAUAUCACUCAUAUGUGAUUUUAUGCUAACUAAUAAAAUUAAUUAAUCUUUGCAUUUCAGGGGGUUGUGGUCACUGGAAUAUCUUAUUGGUUGCAAGUAUGGGUUGUGGACAAGAAAGGGCCUGUCUAUACUGCCAUUUUCAGCCCUCUAGCCCUCAUUUUAACUGGCAUUUUCUCUGCUAUUAUUUUCAGAGAGACCCUUCACUGGGGAAGGUGGGUGUGUGUGUGUGUGUGUGUGUGUGUGUAUUUAGCAAUCAUAAUGAAGUUCAAUGAAGAUUGACUUGGUUUCUUUUUUUUCUUCUUUUUUUUUUUUAACAGCAUUUUGGGGUCAGUAAUCUUAGUGGCUGGCCUGUACAGUUACUUAUGGGGUAAGAACGAAGAAACCAAAAUCCGGUUGAGUGAAGAAAAAUUAAAUCAAAUUGCAAAAGAAGAAGUUCAUUUGGAGUGCAUCACAUGUACAACUCCAACAGCAAACGGUCACACUGAAGUUGGAGGAGUUCAAGGAAAAUGAUCAUCAUAAUAAAUUAAUUAUAUGGGAUCAUGAUAACCCAAUAAUUAAUUAAUAUGAUGAUCAAAGAGCUUUAAUUAGGCCAUCCACCACAUAAUUUGUUGAUUCUCCCUAUGUGGAGGAAGAAAAGAAACAAUUGCUGAUGAGAUUAUAUUAGUGCAUGGAGCCCUCAUUAAAGAGAAGAUGAUCUUUGAUGGGUUUGUUUUCUGUCUAUAUAACAAUGUCAAUCAAUCAACGUUUGUUAACAUCUUGUACUCUAUAUAUUGGAUUGAUUGGUCCAAUUUAUCAUCAUCGAAAAUAAUGAAUGAACUUUUUAUGGUAAAUAUGCUCAGGCAAAUUACGACGCAUUUGAUA